CUGAAGCGUCGAGACAUUCGCUGCUCUGUGUUUUCGGAUGAUACAAUUCAAUCUUUCUGAAUCUUUUGUUCUUCGUCUUUUCAUCUUUAGUGGAAUAGCAGAUUUGGAUGAUGUCGGUUCUUUGUUGUUUUUACGCCCAAAGAGGCGCAUCUUCGACGCGGAUUUCAUCAUGGCUAAUGCAGCCUCUCGUGCUCUGCGUCUUUGUCAUGGCCGUUGCGCGCGGGCAGGUCCGUUAUUCUAUUCCAGAGGAGAUGACAAAGGGCUCGCUGGUGGGAAAUAUCGUUCAGGAUCUCGGUUUGGAUGUUAAGAGGCUGAAAUCUGGUCGAGCGCGGAUCUUUACGGAGGACAGUCGUGAGUACAUCGGUCUGAAUGUGGAUAAAGGGACGCUGAUAGUGAAAGAGAGGAUAGAUAGAGAGGAGCUGUGCGCCCAAGUGUCUCCCUGCUCCUUACAUUUUCAGAUCAUUCUAGAAAACCCCAUGGAGCUGCAUAGAAUUGAUGUGGAAAUAUUAGAUAUCAAUGAUCAUGCUCCUGUUUUCAAGAAAAAGGAGAUUACUUUUCAAAUGAGUGAAUCUGCUUUGUCUGGGGCUCGAUAUUCAAUCGAUAGCGCUAAUGAUCCUGAUGUUGGUCUAAAUUCUCUUCAGACAUAUAAAUUAACUCCGUCUGAUCAUUUCACAGUUAAAAUACCUACUCACCUCGACGACACAAAGUACGUAGAGAUAAUUUUACAAAAAACUUUAGACAGAGAGUCUAUGGAGGAACAUAAAUUGAUCUUAACUGCAUUCGAUGGCGGAACCCCUCAAAAAACGGGCACUAUCAAGAUAAACGUUAUUGUUUUAGAUGCAAAUGACAAUGCACCUGUUUUCAGUCAGUCGGUCUAUAGAGCUUCAAUUCCAGAGAAUUUUUCUAAAGGAUCGACUGUGUUAAGCGUUAGUGCAACUGAUGGAGAUAUUGGAUCUAAUGGAGAGAUUAUGUAUUCUUUCUCUCAGAGCAGUGAAAGCUCUUCUGGUCUUUUCCAAAUUGAUUCCAGUUCUGGAGAUAUUACAGUUAAUGGCCUAUUAGAUUUCGAGAAAUCCAAAAAAUAUGAAUUAUCUGUGGAAGCAACAGACAAAGGAGGAUUACGAGAUACCACUAAAGUGCAUAUUGAAAUUACUGAUAUAAAUGAUAAUGCUCCUAUAAUAAGCGUAAUUUCAUUUUCUAACCCAGUGCCGGAGAAUUCAGCGCCAGAGACUGUGAUAGCAAUGCUGAAUGUCAAAGAUUUAGAUUCGGGGAAAAACGGAAUAGUUAAGUGCUUCAUUCCUCAGAAUUUGCCGUUUAAAAUAAAGUCAUCAACCCCAAAUUUCUACAGUUUAGUCACUGAUGAGCUUUUGGAUCGGGAGAUGAUCUCAGAGUAUAAUAUCACAGUAACAGCUAUUGAUGAGGGCUCGCCAUCUUUCUCUACUAAUAAAACACUGACUCUGAAGAUCUCUGAUGUCAAUGACAACGCCCCUGUGUUCCAGCGUCAGUCAUACACCGCAUAUGUGAUGGAGAAUAAUUCCCCCGGACUCUCUGUUUUAUCUGUUAAAGCGCGUGACAAAGACUCUGGCAAUAACGCGCGUAUUUCAUAUUUUCUAGAGGAUGUUCUUGUGAAUGGCGUCUCUGCCUCGACCUAUAUUUCAGUGAAUGCAGAGAGCGGAGACAUUCUUGCUGUUCGUUCUUUUGAUUAUGAGCAAACAAAAGAAUUUAACAUUCGCGUAAAAGCGCAGGACGGAGGCUCUCCUCCUCUCAGCAGCAACGUGAGCGUGAAAAUCAUCAUUCAGGACCAGAAUGACAACGCGCCUCAGGUUCUGUAUCCGGUCCAGUCAGGCGCAAAUGUGGUGGCUGAAAUAGUGCCUCGUUCGGCAGAUGUGGGUUAUCUGGUGACUAAAGUGGUGGCUGUUGAUGUGGACUCUGGUCAGAAUGCCUGGCUCUCAUAUAAACUGCACAAAGCCACAGACAGGGCGCUGUUUGAAGUGGGCUUACAGAAUGGAGAAAUAAGAACUGUUCGCCAAGUCACAGAUAAAGAUGCUGUCAAACAAAGACUCACUGUUGUAGUGGAGGACAACGGGCAGCCCUCUCGAUCAGCUACAGUCAAUGUUAACGUGGCGGUGGCGGACAGCUUCCCUGAAGUGCUAACGGAGUUCACUGACUUUACGCACGACAAGGAAUACAACGACAACCUGACUUUCUAUCUGGUCUUGGCCUUGGCUGUGGUUUCAUUUCUCUUUAUCGUGUCUAUCAUUGCCAUACUGUCAGUCAAAUGCUACAGAUGGAGACGCGAGCGCAUGUUACAAAUCUGGAGCGAAUCUUCCGGUUAUUCCGUAUUAUCCGCCUCUUUACGCAGACGUAGGCGGCACAGGAACUUUACAGCACGUGUACAAUUAUGAGGUUUGCAGAACCACUGACUCCAGAAAGAGUGAUCUGAAAUACGCCAGACCUUGCAGUGAGAGCAUCAUUAGUCUGGACACCAGUGGAACACACACACUCACGCAUGCGCAGAGAGAGAGACUGAAUAAUG